UAUACAAUUUCAUCAGGGGAUCUGCUCUUCCUCUUUUUCUCAAGACAAAUAAAUAUUCAAGAACUUCUUCUGUGCUACUCGGAGAGUUUUGCUUUGAUCAGCUAGACAACUUAAGCUUUGACAGUUUAUUCGCCUACUUAUUUAUUCACUACUGGUUCCUCGGCAUCAUUUUUUGUUCAAUAAGUCGCGUUCGUUACUACGUUGAAUGUUCAGUAUAUAUUCUAGGAAGCUUAGUUUAAGCUUAGUUUGAGAGCGGAUAGCUAGAUAAUCUGCCAGAUUGCUUUGGGUUUUUGGUUUCUACACUACCAAACCAAAAUAAAUCUACAUCGAAACUACUCACUCAUACAAUACACAUCCUCCAAUUCCAACACAAAAUGGAAGCUCUAAUCACACAAACCAAGCAAUUAGCCGAGAAUGCCAAUGAAACAACACGCCAGCAACUAAUCGAGCAACUUCGCGAACUUAUCUAUUCCCUCGAGACAGAAGAUGAUACGAUGCAAAGACUACUAUACCGAGUAAGUAACGACAAAACCCCACCGUAAAGAAUUCCACUCACAUCCGAUCUCAGCAGCUGGAAAUAGUAAUGAUUAGAGUAGGAGAAGACCUGGGGCUCUUCGAGCUUCCAAGUUCUAGUGCGAACCCUUUGAUUAUCGAAGAACUUUCCCAGGAAACGGGUGCUGCACCUGUAUUACUCGGUCGUAUAUUGAGAUAUCUUGCUUCGAUGAAACUUAUCAACAAGACGGGAAAAUAUCAGUAUACUUCUACCAAAAUCACCAGAACACUCGCUGUAUCCGGUAACAAAGCUGGUAUUUAUCAUCAGUAAGUAUGACACUUCUCUAGUAUAUUUAGUAGGUAAAUUCUAAUACUGUGCAGAUUUGAAGACGAAGAUUGCGGGGAUCGGAGGUCGGAUUAUCGUGCAAGAAUUGCCUAAAGACAGCAACCUGCGAUCUGGACAGGACCAACCACACGACGCCGAUGCAGCUGCAGCUAGGGAAAAAUCUGUUGAGACCACCAUCCAUAACGUUUAUACCCCUCAGCCCGUGAAAAGUACGUAAUAAUAAAUAAUCCUUCACAAAUUAUCUCCGGAAUCCUUCCUAAUCAGCUGACAACCACAGAUGCAAAAUUCUACUACAUCCGAAGUGUAUUCCACGACUUUCAAGAUGAGAAGUGCCGUUCUAUUCUGCGCAACAUAGUGCCAGCAAUGGGUACGGAAUCGGUAAUUCUCAUUGACGAAAAGAUAUUCCCCGAUUCCAAUGUCAACUGGAAGAUGACGCAAAUCGAUAUUUCAAUGAUGGCAUGUUUUGCAUCUAUUGAGCGGACAGAGGCCAUGUGGGACGCUUUGCUUGAUUCGGUUGGACUUAAGAUUGUAAGAAAGUAUCUUUAUCAGCCCGAGUUUUCUGACAGUGUUUUAGCUAUUGAGCGCAAGUGAAAUGUCAUUCUACUUUUUGAAUUGAAAAAAUCCUGAAAGUAGACGAGUAAAUUGAGGUUAAAAAAAAGCCGGAUAUCUACAUGAAUCAAUUAGUUGGCUAGCUAGUUUCCGAGUAGAUUGAUCAAGUCCAUUUGAAUAAACAGCACUUUAGCAAGUA